ACAGUGACAUCUGAGACUACUGACUGAGCUCAUGAAGUCUGUUUGCAAUCCAAUUCAUUUUCUAAAAUAGUUUUUUUAUUCAGCUGCCGUGAAGUUUACCACCUGCGAGCUGUGAAAGGCCAAACAUGGAUGAGGCAGAGACGUACCAACACAGGCUGUUAGCCAUAGCGGAAAGGCGUCGACGACAGGAAGAAGAGGAGAAGCUGAGGAAGGAGACAGAGGAGGGAUGGUUGAAAACGGCCCAGAAAAAGAGGAAGUACUUGAGGGACCAGUGGCUUAGUGAGACAACUCCACCUCCUGUCCUUCUUACACUGGACAACUUUAGGACCAGUCCUGCACAACAGGACGAAGCGGACAAAGCGGACGAGCACACAGCAGCGGAACUAACCAAAAGUCAAAAGACGCCUGAGGACGAGGACAAAGAGGCAGCUGAUGCCAGAAAAGAGGAACAAGCUUCUCAGGAAGAAAACAAAGAGUCUGUCAACUGUACAGCUGCAGCCAGAACGCACAGCCACUAUCAGGCUGCCACUGACGAGGACACACGAGUGAAUACAGAGACUGAGGAUCGCUUUUCCAUACAAAUGGCACAAAGGAUGUUUCAAGAAAGUGGGCAAGACGGCCGAUCCGUCCUGGGAAUGUUGGCAGUGCAGGUCGAGAGAGACCCCAAGACAGGGGCCACCAUUGUCAGGUCAGUGGCCCCUGUGUCCACACCGGCUGCUGCUCCACAGGCUACAACUGUCUUUGACGAUGGCAGGAAGAGUAUCCACGCUGUCGGCGGGUCAGGAGGCCAACCCUCGGCCAAAGAGCUCGGGCAGAUCUUAAGCGUCAUCGAUGGGGUAGGGAUGAAAGCGCUGCUAGAUGAAGUCACAGUCGUGCCGAGCAAGGCAGAGAAGAAGACUGAGAAUGCAGAAGCCAGCAGGACUCCAAAGGAAAAAGUCCUGUCUCUUUCUACCCAUCAUGCCAUGUCAAAAGAGAACACUACGCAGUUAGACAGCCUCAGAAGCUACAAUGUGGAGGCUGAGCUGAGCAUAGAGGACGGUGCUGUAAGCGUGGGAAAAAAGGAGGAUAAAAAAGAGGACAGAAGCAUCAUGGCACUGAGCGACAUGGAGGGACAAGUAGACAAUGUGGAUGAUCAAAGGUUGGAGGAAGGCCCAGUCACUCUUGUGUUCUUGGGAUACACCGAUGCCACAAAUGGCCAAAGUCACAGCCAAGAGGACGGUGAAGGUAUGCUCACCGUGGAACGAGUGAUUAUCACUGAGGACGGAGAAGAACAUGUCUUAGGACCUGAACCGUCUGCUCCACCUCCAUUAACAUCAAACAAGGCAGCAGAGCAAGAGGCAGGGAAAGAGUCCCAGGACAAAGUAUUUCAGGACAUUCCCCUGGAUGGAAAUGAAGCAGGAGUUAAGGUCCAGGGUGAGACAGGUGACAGGGGGGUGCAUAAUUUAUCUUCACCCAGUAUAGCAGAGGGAGAAGGCACUCCCAAAAGCAAGACCUGUCAGUGUUGCUCUGUCAUGUAAGAAAACGACUGAAGAGAGAGACUCGCUCAUCGGGCUUAAUUAUAACAUUUGUCAUGUUAUUAAACCCUCGUACACCAUACGCUGCCUUAAUAACUGAUAUGAGAGCAUAUAGCACUACCUUGUGUGGUCUUACAAUGGUUCACUUCACUUUGCCAAAGACAGAGACAUUUAUUAUGUUGUAAAUCUUUGCAGCAGCUGUGGACUGUCAGCAGCUCUGAGAGACUAUUAAAAUCCACUUCCUCCACCUAGUGGACAAAGAUGAGAACUUCAACAUGCACUCCUGUUUACAUGCAGAUAUUUCUUAUGUCAAAUGAUUACUCUUUUUCUCCGCCUUGGGACUUGUCCUAUGUCUUAUCAGCCAGAAAGACUCCAUAUGUUUAGCAUUUUUAGAACAUGUCUCCUCCACAGUUAUAUUUCUGGGAUUGUGGAACAGCGAUCAUGUAUGGAAAUCAAAUUUGCCAAAAAUAUAUUUAAGGCACCUUGUUAUAUACAACAGUAUCACCAUUUUGUUCACUUCUCGGUUCACCUGACACACACACACAUGAUUUGCCAAAUAAUCCUCAUAAAUGGGAAAGAGAUUUACAUGCUGGAUAUAUUGAAGAUGAUGGGCAGUUGGCUCUAGACUUGAUCAGAUCCACGUUUACAUGUAGCACACUGAGGAAGACUCAGUACAAGGUUCUUCACAGGCUGCAUAUCACCCUGUUGCCUUGUACAAAAUGAAUCGUUCCCUUUCUCUGGUGCAUUAAGUGCCAUUCUGAUAGGAGAGUGUAUUUUUAUUGCUUCUGGGGGGGUGUAAACUAAUUUCCAUAUUCUGGGCACCUAUUUCUAAGAUAAUUAGUUGGAUAUUUAAAAUGAAAAAAUAAUAAAGAGCCAGGUCUUAGGCCUUCCCUCCAGGAAACUCCAUCUGCCUGCAUCAUACUGCAAACGUUGUGAGAAGCUCCUUUCAAUUGCUCAAAAGUGCAUCUUGCACAAUUGGAUCAAAGAGUUCCUGCCAAGUGUUACCCUGUGGUACAGAGAGCUUCCC